AUGUUCAGCCUAGAGCGGCAGCUGCCACCCGCCGUGCGAGCUUACAACGGUUACGCGCCGACGAUUGCAGCGGGUCCGCCCUCGCGUCAGUAUGCGGCGGGCCCUUCCCAUCCAAAUGUGCGUCCUGCUGGGGCGGCAACGCAUCCUCUGGUCGAGAAGUCGUCUGGCUACCCUGUGCACUCUGCGGGCGAGUAUGAGGGUUCCGGGCGGGCGAACAUGCGACCGGUAGCCAUGGCCCCACCGCCUAGAGAGCGCGUUGUUGUUGACGAGUUUGAUCGGGAAUACUAUGAACCGGCCCCGCCGCCUCGUCCGCAGCAGCCCGUAAUGGAAUCAGUCACUUACGACCCGAACUUGGCCUAUGAACGUCCAGCUUCACGUCUACACCAAGAACUCCGGUACGAGGACCGCUAUGGCUCUCAGGCACCGCAGCCUGUCUACGACGAUGAAGAGAUUGUCUAUCGGAGAACGUCGCCGAUGUUUGCUAGAAGGGUUGUCACGCAACCGGAAUAUGUAACCCGCGAAUAUGCGGACUACCCGCGGCGUGAAUUCUCAGCACGUCCUCCCCCCUCACAGUAUCCAGUUGCGGCUGAGAGGGGCUAUAUUGUGGAGGGGGCAGCGCCGGUCCCAGGCUACGUAACCAGGGCGUCUACGGUGCGGCCUCCCGAGGCUGCUCGGUACGAAGCACCGCCGCCGGGCCGAUAUGUGGAAAGGGUAGGUAGUGUUCGGCCGCCAGAUGCUGCCGUUUACCAAGGGUAUGCCGGCGGCCCAGAGGAUGGGCCUCGCAUCUAUGGUGGACCGGCACGGGGUGUGCCGGAAGGUGGCGCUUAUAUUGAUGACCGCCGUGGCCCUCAUGAAGUAGUCCGGGAAUACAGCAUUCGUCCCGAGUCUCAUGUCGUUGUGCAUAGAGAGUACAGUGCGCGGCCUAGGCCGGCGUCGGCGUACUACACGGAGCAAGCCCCGUACGCGAUGGGUGGCCCGCCUGCUCAAGAGUAUGCUUACUCAGACGAACGGGCUGCAUACCAGUGA